CUGCAGAAAAGGCAGAAAAGGAAUGCAGAAAGGAAAAAAAAAUCAUAAAAGUGAAAAAAUGGACAACUGAACAGUAUCGAAUCGAUGUUGGAAACUAAUUUUCGUGAAAAAACGUUUCUGCAAAGUGAUAUCCAAUUGUUGGUUUCAUUCCCAAUCAACAUGAUGUUCCCUUGAUUGUGGAUUAAAGUUCGUACGCCUGAAAAAUUUUCUCUGGGAGUGUUAAUUGGUGGAAAGAAAAGUGCAUCUGCUUUAUGUGGAGAGAAAAGGAUAGAGGAGAACAGAAAAAAAUAGCUCAGGAAAUGGACAUCUGUCGGUUGGCAUCCGACGACCACCCGGACAGUAUGAAGAUGGUUGAAAUUGAUUUCCAGGCGCUUUGUCGCAUCUGUGGUGCGCUAGGGGAGAAUUUGACGUCGGUUUUCGGGAAGAGGGCAGCCGAUCGGUUGCGGGAACGUAUCGAAAAACAUCUGCUGGUGCAGAUCCGGUCGGAUGAUUGUCUGCCGAGUAAGAUUUGCGAUGGCUGCCGGGAAACGCUGGAUCGGUUCCAUGAGCUGUUCGAAAAGUGCCACCGAACGGAGGAAAACUUCCGGAGCAUGUUGGCGGCAGAAGCCGAGGGGGAUGCGGUACCGGUUCCGGCCGCCAACGGAGAACCGUUACCGGAUGAAGCUUUGCUGCACACUUCUCGUCCGACCACGAUGGUGAUGGAUGUAAGUGAUGCCAAACAAGCUCCGGAAGAAAAACCUAAAGAAGCAGAGGAAGUCCCGAGAGCAGACGAAACGAAAAGUUGCGAAAUGAUCCAGAAGAAUGCUGAAGAAAAACAGAGUAACAAACGUGUAAGCCGAUCAUCGCGGUCGUCGUUCACAUGCUCGUUCUGCAAAACCAACGGAUCCAUCAAGAUGAACACAUUUGCCGACAAGGAAGGUUUGGUGGACCAUCUGAAGGACCAGCACGCGGAUCAGAUCUUCCACUGCGAACAGUGCGACAACUAUUUGGAUCGUAACAUUCUGAUUCAGCACAUGACCAUGCAUGCGUUGAGUAUGUUCACUGGUGGUGAUCAAUCGGUAACGGCAGCUCCGGGUGAAGAAGAAUCGCCGGAACCGGAAGACGAAGACGGCCAGAAACCGCAAACGUCAGGCAUGGAUCUGGAGGAAGGUGAAGGUAGCCAGGAAACCGUGGAAGGUAAGUCCGGGGAUGGCACGGAAGCUGCCAACAGAGAAAACGGCAACAAAUCACCUCCAUCGGAGGCAGUCGAACCCAAACCGGGUGAGGGUAGAAAACUUUACUGUUAUAUUUGCGAAAAAACGCUAGCCAAUCGUAGUGCGUAUUCUUAUCAUAUUAACCAGGUACACCUUAAUAUUAAAAAUUUCUCUUGCACGUACUGUAAUAAAAAGUUUGGAAACCAAAGGCUAUUGAAUAACCACGUGGCGGGAGUUCACUCCCGAGAGCGCAAUUUUACAUGUGACACAUGCUCGAAACGAUUUAAGACUAACGUUGCGCUGUACAAUCAUCAGCGAACGCAUGACGAUAGUGCUGCCGCCAAAUUUUCCUGCACAUUUUGCGACAAAAAGUUCCGAUUCCGGAACCAUCUCACUAGUCAUCAGUUGGUUCACAUGAACGAGCGCAAUUUCCCGUGCAACCAGUGCGACAAAAAGUUCAACAAUCCGGAAUGUCUACAGAAGCACAAACUAACGCACGUGGAAACUCUACCCUAUCAAUGUCCGUUGUGCGGGUUCAGCACCAAGCAGAAACGAUAUCUGGUCAUGCAUGCCAAACGGAUCCACAUGGUCCGGUAAAUUCCGAACGGCGGAUAUCAUUUCAUCGCGCACGUUUCGCACAACAAAGAAAACGUAAACGAGUAUUCGAGAUUUCAUUCCGGUUUAUGUUUCAUAUUCUACUCCCCGUUAACCCAGUCGUAGAAUUCAAUGUACUCUAUUAUACUCAAUUAUUCUAAUAAUCCCAAAAUUUUACAGACUUAUUCUAGUGUAGAGGAUUGUAGGGAACGAUUACGUACUCCAUAUACAAAAUUAAAAAAAAAAAAAGAAGUAAGAAAACUAACAAUUUACUUGUGUAAAUCAAUUUUUAAUAAGCACAAUACAGAGAAUAAGUAAAACAGCAGUAUCCGAUCGCGCUAGGUUUAAAGAUAGAACGAGGGGAAAUACAAGGCUACCGGUGUACCUGAGAAGAAUUAGCGAUUAGGAUCACUACAGAGGAGAAAAUACUCGAUACAAAAGCAGCAGAUCAAAGUUAGCAAAAAAAAAAAUCUUUAUCUUUAACAAAAUGCAAAACUAUACAUACACACCACAAACCAUAAUCUAAGAGAAUGAAUAUGUCAUUUCUAGAAAGUAUGAACAACGUUGUUCUUCCGAGCAACAACAAAUUGUUUACGUCAUCUCGUUAUUAGUUGUUAGUUGUUUCUGCAGUCAUUAAUGGACAGUGUAGUUUCAUUUUUAUUUAUUGCCAGUAUUAUUGUAAACAUGCUACCCAAUCUUACAGUAGGUUUUUCUUUUAGUUACAAACAAGUUGCCACGUCGUAAUUUAUUUCAAACAAACGAAAAAAACCCUGCUUGAUAUUAUCGCUUCAACGUCGUAUUUAUUGAAUAAAUCAAAUUGAAUUGCAUUGAUACCUU